CCCCAAUAGUCGCAGGGUCACACCACUUGCAGCGUUCACAACUCAUUAUCUAGAAGGCGACCUGUAUCGAUCAUCCCCAAAUAUUUCACAAUGAAUACCUCAUCCCUGAUCACGAUUGGUCUCGCGAUCUCAGUCGUGUUCAUGUUCUGGACCCUGUCUUCGACCACGUCGUCGCCAUUUGCAGGGGCCUUCCCUCGCAUAUACAACAAACGGAUCUGCUUAUUGAUUGCUCAUCCCGAUGACGAAGCCAUGUUUUUUGCGCCUACAGUUCUGGCCCUCACCAAACCGGAGUACGGCAAUCAUCUCAAGAUCCUCUGUCUUAGUACCGGCGACGCCGACGGGCUCGGACACAUCCGCAAGAAAGAACUGGUGAAGAGCGCCCUACAACUUGGCCUGCGGAGCGAAUCGGACGUCUACGUCGUGGACGACCCCACUCGAUUCCCGGACAGCAUGAGCGCGCACUGGACGGAGCACGACGUCGCCUCGCUCCUUGCGUCGGCGUUCGCGCCGGAACCGACGAAGAAGGCCGGAGGUGGAAAGACGGCGGCCCCGACGGCGACCAUCGACGUGCUCGUGACGUUCGACCAGGGCGGCAUCAGCAAUCACCCGAACCAUCGAUCCCUGUACCAUGGGGCUCUGCACUUUCUCCGCACGCUGGUCAAGGACAAGUCCGGGUACAAUUGCCCGGUUACCCUCUACACGCUGACGACGACCAACCUCGUGCGCAAGUACGCCGGCGUGCUCGAUGCGCCCUUCACCAUGGUCCGGGGCGCCUUGAGCUCGAUCGCGUCUGGCUCCGGGGCCCGCAGUGCCAGAGAUCAGCUCCCGUCUCGGCUUCUGUUUGUUAGCUCCGUCAAUGAGUGGUUGACUGCCCAGUCGGCGAUGGUCAAGGCCCAUCAGAGUCAGAUGGUGUGGUUCCGUUGGGGGUGGAUUACGAUCGGGCGCUAUAUGGCGGUAAAUGAUCUACGGCGGGAGAAGAUUUGAGCGAACGCUCAAAACUUACAUACUGGGACGCCUGGGGAUGUUGGGCGUAUAGAUACUCCGAUCCACACAGGCCGAAUAUUCGUCAGACCAUAUAGUUUCUGGAGUAGUCGUCUGUCACCAUCAUCGAUGCUUUAG